GGCAACACUGGUCUGAAGGCUUCAGUCACGUGACAUGUCAGCUGAUGUGUGGAGGAAAGAGGACGUGAUAGCCGCUAUGCUAAACUUGCUCGAUAAAAUAUCUCCAACAGAGUGUCCUAAACUCCUGCACAGGGUGGUGGAUGGACUCUGUGGUCGGGGUCUCCCAAAGCGUAGAGAGUAUGGAGAAACCUGGAGUCUACUGGAGUGGGGAGAACUGAUCAGCUCACUAACCUUCUUCUUCCGAGUGGCUGUUGGGAGGAAACACUCCGAUCAGGAGGUACAGGAAUUGCUAGGUGACUUGAAAUCUGUACAUGCAGAGGCCAUUCUGCAGUGUCUGCAUGCCAGGCAGGAGGAGAUCAGGCAAGCGCUGGUGGACAGAACCAACAGAAUCUGCAGCACACAACUAGAUGACUUCAACUGGCAGCUAAAACUUGCACUAUCCAGUGAUAAGCUGUCAUCUUUAAACACCCCUCUACUGAAUCUCUGUCUCGACCUGACAGAGAACGGAAUUCAGAGAGCUGUAAACAUAGAAAUGAAUAAAGAAGAGCUAAACACCCUCAUCACCGCGUUAGAGGCUGCGAAUAAGAUGAUCCUGCAGAUGAAAUGAAUAGAGCAGAUGAAGAGUUGCAAGGACAUGCCUCAGGACUGAGGAAGUGCAGUAAUUUUCUGGAAUGCUGUUCCUGUGCAAACAAGAGAAAGAAAGACUAGGAAGAAUGUGUGUAUCUGUAUUUUGUGUUUAUUGAGCCUAGUGCAUGUGGAGGUCGUGUCAGUAAAUAGCUGGGACACAGCGUGUCAGUUGGCUGUGUGGUGUUGACUAAGGUUGAAAUCAUUGUUUCAGAGCUUUGGAAAUGGACUGACAUAACUGAAUAUUUGUUUUUGUUCAUUUUUCUACAAGAGUUUUUAAUGAGGCAUUAGGAGCUUGAUUAUGUAACAACAUUCUCCAUAUACUUCAUGUGUUCUUAAAAAUGAAAACAAGGUUACAAACCAUUUCCCUAUUCUAAAAGUAUGAACGAGUAUGCAGGAUGAUGUAUAGAAAUGAGCAUUUCAAAUUAAUACGUUGAUUAUUGAAGAUUGAAAUUAAUGCAUAUUAACACAGUCAAAGCUCUUGGUAGAUAUAUCACUGCUCAUUCAGGAGUAACAGGUAAUAAUUAAUGUGUGCAGAGCCUGUAACAGAUGAUAAUGAGAGUGGAGUCUAUCUGAUUAGAAUUUUCCUCAUCGUUUCCCUUCCCUGGUUUAGCCAAGUCUUUUAGUUUCAAUUAAAUGUCAGUUCGGUCCAUUUGCCCACCCUGAAGGAGAACCCUGGUUGUAUGAGUGUGAUGGGGAAAGAAUCAAUUAUUAAGUAAAUGCCUUUUUUUUUCUUUUUUAAUUGUUCCACCCCGGAGCCAUUUGCUUCAUGCUAUAUAGAUGAGCUGCUCAGCUAAAGCAGCUUAAUCUUCUCACUCUUACUCAGUAUCUGUAGGUCAGAGUAAGGUACUUUUGUCAAAGGGCUCUUGAGAGGUACUGUAAAGGUUAGUUGCUACUCUGACAUACAGUACUAGUCCAAAAGUUUGGACACACCUUCUAAUUCAGUGUUUUUUCUUUAUUUUUAUUAAUUAAAAGACACUUCAUGUCUUAAUGAUGGAUGUCGUUUCUCUUUACUCACUUGAGCAGUUCCUGACAUGGAUUACGACAGUUGUGGAAUAGGACUAUUUACUGCAUUUUUAUUAUUUACUGUUUGAUCUCACACUCAUUAAGAAAGCAAGAAAUUGCACUAAUUAACUUUUGAUGAGGCACACCUGUUAAUUGAAAAGCAUUCCAGGUGACUACCUCAUGAAGUUGGUUAAGGUAAUGCCAAUAGUGUGUAAAGCGUCAUCAAGCUAAACACUGGCUACUUUGAAGAAUCUAAAAUAUGAAAGUUUGUUUUUUAAGCACUUUUGUUUACAACAUAAUUCCAUACAUGUUCCAUGUGUUAUUUCAUAGCUUUGAUGUCUUCACUAUUGUUCUACAGUGUAGAAUAGUCAAAAUACAGAAAAACCUAUGAAUGAGUAGGGGUGUACAAACUUUCGACUGGUACUGUUCUUGACGGGAGAAACGGCAUUCUAUAGCACGUGUUGCAUCUUCACAAGUGUCUUCUAAUAAGCAUUCUCCACAGUACUAGAAGGGCGGCAUGGUGGUAUAGUAGUUAGCACUGUUGUCUCACAGCCAGAAGGUUAUGGGUUCGAACCUCACCUGUGUGAAGUUUGCAUGUUCUACCUGUGUCUGUGUGGGUUUCCCCCACAGUCCAAAGACAUGCAGUUAGGUUAACUAGCUACUCCAAAUUGUCCAUUGAUCAAGCUUGGAGAGGGAUGGACUCUGCCAAGUUUAAAUGCCCUAGACACACCAAUGAUGGACUGUCAAUGUCAUCAGUGGUGCCUUUACAGGCUAUGGGAAGAUGAUAGCACUCCAACAAAAAAACAAAUCAACACAAUAGCACUGUUUGGUGAAAUAUUUAUUUCAAUCCUUCAAGGUUUUUCAUGGUUUAAGAGGAUUCUUAAGAACAACUGUGCUUGUGUUCAUAACACAUACACACACCCUCGUUGGUCUCUCAUAUGUUCCUGUAGCAUACAUCCCCAUCAGCAUGGGAGCACAAAGAUAAAAAGCAUGAAUUUGGUUCACAACUAUGCGAUAUAAACAGCUUUAAAUGUUGUUUAAAACGAGAGCAGUGUCAGCAUUUUUUCAAUUUUUGGCCUCUUCUGUGAUCCCAUCAUCGAGUAUUUUUGCUUGCAUCUUAAGUGUAUUUUUUUUGUGUAUGUGGUGUUAAAUCAGUAAGUGUACUACAGACAUGCUGUAACUGGAUGUGCGUCUGUCUGCUCUGGAUCAUGUUUCAGUAAUUGAGAGGCCUCUCUUACUAACUAAAGAGCAGAAGUACAGUUACCUCACUGAGAAUUAAUUACAUGGACACUCUUCUCCAAGUCAUAGAUUGUCAUUUAUAUACUGGAAUGUUCUUCUAUUAGCUACUAGCAUGCCUAUGCAAUAUCUAUAAUAUUAAUAUAGAACACCUUAAAAAGCCAACUAACCGUGUCAUUAUGGAAACCUUGAGUUAAUAUUCUCUAGAAAAGUUAAUUCACUGCAGGUUUUUCCUUUUGCCUUCUGCUUGACUGUACAAAAUCGCAAUUUUGAUUCAAAGGCACAAAUUAAGCCUGAAGAAAUAACGGCAGCUUGGUUAGAUUCUGUCUGCAUUUUGGCCUUUCUCUUGUCUUUUGAGGUGAUUCUGGGUACCGCACAAGUCACAGUGAAUAUGUUUAAAGCUAAAUAUAAUCGAAAAGGGUUGACCCUCAAACCACAUGGUUGUAAAGUAACCAAUAAAUCACUGCUAUAAAAACAUACCUUUCAAGCAGAGGCAGUAUUCACUCAGAGCUUGUGGUGGUUUAAUUGAGUAGUAGGUACCCAGUAUGAGGCAGGGGAUUAAAGUCAAAACAUGCCUUUAUAAACAUUUUGAUUUCUUUCAGUGUCUCUUCCCUCAGCAUUUUAAUUUGACACAAAGUAAGACUUGGCUGCUGUACCCUGUGAAAAGUAAGAGUAUCCAAUGAUGCUUGGUCCGGUUUGUUAGUACAAAAAAUUAUGGUUACAUUUUUUUUUUAAAUACCUGACUUCUUAAUUAAAGAAAUGCACUUUCACACAGGUUUUGUGAAAAGAUUCCA